AUGGAAUCAACAACGCCACAACAACAACCAACCAAGAAGAAGAUCAAACUGGACACUGGCCGCAACAUUGUCCUGACAGGUCAAGAAGGUGUCGACAGAUGGCUCCAAAAGUUGGGCGUAGACAGCUUUGUGGAUGCCGAGAACAAUGAAAUCGACGACUUUCUCGCGUUGGACGAUGGCGCAACGUACAGCUUGGGUCCUCGACAACAGCAACAACAAACGUCUGCCGCUGCGGCAUCACCACAACAAGCUGUAGCACCAAGACGACAACAACCACCAAUGAAGGGGAUGGAUAUGAUGGUGUCGGCAAUUCAACAACUCCAAGGGCAGAUCACGCAGCGGCAGGAAACCAUGAGUGCCAUUAUGAAUGAAGUUCAGAAUUUCAAUCAAAAAGUUAAAGAUUUGACAGCAGAGCAAGGGGUUUCUCUACCAGAAGACAACAGCACACAACAAGAUCAGGAACCUGGCACGGCUCGAUUGAACAAGACGGUUCGAACGUUGGAGCUGGCGUGGGAGGAAUGGACGCAAGGGCUGAACGGUGCCAAGCCGGCCAUGGACUUUAAUGCAACUGAGCGAGGUUUGAACAAGAACAAGUGUACUUAUAGUAGACGAUUGCCGAUUUGGCGGCUCAUGUCCAAAUUGGUAUAUUCGGGAGUAUCGGUCCCAGACACAAUUCGUCGCAUCAAGACCGUAUAUGGUGACAGAACUGGCCUCAUUGAGCUGUCACGAAGGAUCAAAGCAGAUGUCAAGGCAGACACGCUGGACGAGUUGCUAAAAGUCGAUGACUGA